CCUUGCGGCGUGCGCGCGCAUUGUAAAAUAUGCAUUUGAGUGGAGGUGCGGAAAGAGACGAGGUGGCUGUGGCGCGGUGGACAAGUGACUUGCGGGAUGCCAACUCGAGAAACACAGUCAGGAAAUAGAGGCGAUCAUUAUUGAAAAACGCUUGAUCGCUCGCCCCGACUGUCAGGUUUGAGCUGCGGGACAAGCGGCGAUCCACCGCAAGAGAAAGUUGACUAACCCACGAAGCAACGCGUGGGAGUGGGAGGAAGGAAGGAUCGCGUUUGACUGAGGCGAGCCCCCAGUCUGUCUCAUCAUGGCAGGAGCUGGAGGUGACAUGCAGUGGUGCUUCUCUCAGGUGAAAGGAGCCAUUGAUGACGAUGUGGCUGAAGCCGACAUCAUCUCCACGGUUGAGUUCAACCACACAGGUGAGCUGCUGGCCACGGGUGACAAAGGUGGGCGUGUGGUUAUUUUCCAGCAGGAAAUAGAGAACAAGAGUAUGCCUCAGUUUCGGAGCGAGUACAACGUUUAUAGCACUUUCCAAAGUCACGAGCCCGAGUUUGACUACUUGAAGAGUUUGGAGAUUGAAGAAAAGAUCAACAAGAUUCGCUGGCUCCCUCAGAAGAACGCCGCUCAGUUCCUGCUGUCAACUAACGAUAAAACCAUGAAGUUGUGGAAGAUCAGUGAACGAGACCGGCGACCGGAGGGCUACAAUCUUAAAGAAGAAGAUGGACGCUACAAGGAUCCCAACACUAUCACCUCAUUACGGGUGCCAGUUUUGAUACCCAUGGACCUCAUGGUGGAAGCCAGCCCACGCAGGGUGUUCGCCAACGCACACACCUACCACAUCAACUCCAUCUCGGUCAACAGCGACAACGAGACCUACCUGUCGGCGGACGACCUCCGCAUCAACCUUUGGCACCUGGAGAUCACCGACCGCAGCUUCAAUGUUGUUGACAUCAAGCCAGCCAACAUGGAGGAGCUGACGGAGGUGAUCACAGCAGCCGAGUUCCAUCCUCAUCAGUGCAACACUUUUGUCUACAGCAGCAGCAAAGGAACCAUCCGUCUGUGCGACAUGAGGAUCUCCGCACUCUGUGACAAGCACUCCAAACUUUUUGAGGAGCCAGAAGAUCCCAGUAAUCGCUCGUUCUUCUCCGAGAUUAUUUCGUCAAUCUCGGACGUGAAAUUUAGUCACAACGGACGCUACAUGAUGACCAGGGACUAUUUGUCUGUGAAGAUUUGGGACUUGAACAUGGAGAACAGGCCGGUGGAGACUUAUCAGGUCCACGAGCACCUGAGGAGCAAACUGUGCUCGCUCUACGAAAACGACUGCAUCUUUGACAAGUUUGAAUGUUGCUGGAAUGGCAACGACAGCGUGGUGAUGACCGGCUCGUACAACAAUUUCUUCCGGAUGUUCGACCGGAGCCAGCGGCGCGACGUCACUUUGGAGGCCUCCCGGGAGAACAUCAAGCCCAUGCAGGUCCUCAAACCCCGCAAGGUGUGCGUGGGGGGCAAGCGCAAGAAGGACGAGAUCAGCGUGGACAGUUUGGACUUUAACAAGAAGAUCCUGCACACCGCCUGGCAUCCCCAGGACAACAUCAUCGCCGUAGCCACGACCAACAACCUCUACAUAUUCCAGGAUAAAGUCAAUUAAUGUUGCACAAGAUCCGGCGUGCGUGCGUGCGUGUGAGACGUCGUGACGCACCGCCUGCCGUCCCGCGGCCUCGGCCAGGGUGGGUCACUGCAACGCUGACGACCCCGUGUGUCGCUACCGGGCGGACCGGCCUUUGUUGCAGUUGGAGACGGAGGAAGCCUCGUUUUUUUGCCCCUCGUCAAACUGUCUGACACUGACACCUGCCUUGUUGUUUCAGUGAUGUGCCAUUUUUUGUUGGGGUUUAGUUUAAUUUUUUUUUUUUUGUCCGCCUGCCCAUGUACCUCUCCUGAGGUAACAGGGGUGUAACGGAAUAAUAUCCCCAAUUUUUUUUUUUGAGUACAAAUUUAUUUUUAUAAACUUCUCCCAUGGCUCAAUGGAAAUUUUUUAUUAGCGUGUCCCUCAUUGUCCUGUGCCAUAGUCUUUUUUUUUAUUUUUAUUUUCUAAGUGAAAAAUGCCAGUCAACUCUUUUGUUGUCAUUCGUAAUGUGUGCACGCACACAUACUUUUAUGAACUUAGCUGUCUUAGUUUGAUUCGAGUCUACUUCCAUAUCUUAAUCGCACAUACACAGUCACAUAUGCUCAUAGGUUCUGGACAAAGACGGCUCUGAUCUUCUCAAGUCUUUGCAACUAAGGUAUCGGAAUAUCACCAUGUCAAAUGGCACCUUGAUUUAAACAUGACAAUGGUUGUUUAUUUAUAUUUAAACAAUUUGUCUCUGGAAUGAUUCCGUCCUCUAUUCUAACCAUUUUAAACUGGACCUUUGGCAUUUUAUAACGUUGGGGUUAUCUCAAGCGUUCUCUUCCCAUGAUGUGUCACAGAUCUGAAGCAUAACUUCAACACUGGACUCAAAUCCUUGUGUUUGUCAGGCAAAUGUUUAAAAUAUCAUUUGGGGGCAUCCUUUUAAUUCAAAUACAAGCAUUACUGCUACUCUAUAUGUGUUAGUGCAAUGGGCUGCAAGAGAUCUGAUGCGUAUUGUCUCCACACCUUCACAAAUGUGGACCAGUGUCAAUGUGCGACUGCAAUUUAAAUCUAUGACAGUGACCGUAAUAAAAGAACUACUUUUUGCA